AUGGAGAACAUUUACAAUGACAUGGAAGAAUAUGGCAAGAUAUGCCAACUGUACACCGAGAAAAAACAAAGAAGAGAAAAGAAAGCGAACAACAUUAAUGAUCUAGUAGAUGAAGACAUACUAUGGAUGUACGAAACGAAGGAAGAAAAAGAGGCCAAAGAACAGGAAGAAUAUCUGUUGGGGAAAAAAAUUGAUAUGCAAAAGUUAAUCCAAGAAGCGGAAGAAGCCAAAAAGCAAAUCGUAAAACAAAAAAAUAAUGUAGACCAUUUGAAUAAAAUCAGAGAAGAUCCACUAACUAUUAUUAAAAAAAUGGAAUUUCAAAAGAAGAAAAUGAUGGAUGAACAAAGGAGACUCUUGCAGUUGCAGCACGCUAGGGAAAUGCCCGAAGCGAAUGCGAUAAAUAGACAAGGUGGCAAAUCAGGCUAUACCUCGUCGAGUGAAGAGGAAAUCGUGCGAUCAAGGGAAAAAGAUAAAGACAGGAUCAAAAGGAGGAAGGAAGACAAAAAAAUGGAAAAAAGACGAGCGAAAGAAAGAAGGAAAGAAAAGAAAAAAGAAGAAAGAGAAAGGAAAAAAAGAGAAAAGAAACGAAAAGAAAGAAAAAAACAUAAAAAGGAGAGGAACAAAAGACAUAUCAACUCAGACGCAGAGUCUGAAUCGGAAGAGGAAAAGAAUAUGAGAAAAUCGAGAAAGAGGGGGCGCGGGAGAAGUGAUGAAUCGGAAAACCCAAAGAGGAAGGCGCGAAAGCGGGAGAGCGGGAGAAGUGAUGAAUCAGCCCAGGACAGAGUUCGGGAUGCAGGUCGGCAGCUGAAAAGAAGAGGGGAUAACACGGAACGUGGAAGUAAAACUGACAGCGGAAUUAAAAGCGAAAGCAGCAGUGGCAGUGGUCGUCAUCGUGCUAGGCAUAGAAAGUCGAAAAAGAAGAGGGAAGGGAAAAGUGACAGUGAAUAUAGCAGUUGUAGUAGAAGUGACCUUAGCGAUGGCCGAAGUGGGAAAAGAGAAAAACAGCGACGAAUGGAAUGGAAUCGCGAGAGGCGACGACGAUGGGAACAGACGCGUGAAAUAGAUGAACAUAGAGACAGGCAAAGUAAUGGCGAACGCGAAAGAAAAAGGUGGAGAAACGAGCGCUGA